UUUCAAACGCCAUGUUGCUGAUUCUUCUCAGUUGAGUUUUUCUUGAUUAUCACCCAUCGACUGGAUAGUUGUAUGUUUGCAGGAAAAGCUAAGGUGUCUGGUCCAAGACAGACAGAAUGGAAUCAGCUGGUAUGCAAGAGGACCAUCCUAAAGAGGUCAAUGAUGCGUCAAACAAAGGGGAGCAAGAUGAAUCAUGGACACACAAACCCAAGAGCAGAAUACACCAAGGGGAAAUCAUUGAAGGAAAACGAGAAAAGAAAACAGUCCAAAGACUUGACUUGCAGAUGGGUAAACCAAAAGAAAAGCUGAAGUUUGAGAGUAUAGGAAAGGGGGACAAACUAGGAGACAUCGCUCGGGUUAAUCACGCUAUCGGAAAGCUCAAAGCCCCACAGUUGAAACCUCUUCAUAAGAUUCUGUAUGAUCGUCCAGGAGCUGUAUCAUCACUGAGGAAACACAUUCGAUUAUUUAAUGGCUUCCCAUUUGACAUUGACAGCGACCCUUACAACAAAAAGAGGGAAAAAAUGACAAGGCUCCCAAAAGUACAACUCAAGACCAUUUGUCAAAUUCUUGAUCUUGAAAGAAGUGGAAAUCAGGGUAUUCUGGUUGAUAGGAUCAUACAGUUUCUCAUAAACCCGACAAACUCAGGGAAGCCAGUAAUCCUGAAAAAGAAAAAAAAGAAAAAAACUACAAAGGAUGCCAAGCGAGAGAAGAACACGACAUCUAAGAACAAGAAAGAACAAUUAGAAAGUGGAAAGUCUAAAGCAAUUGUUACUGACUCUAGUAGUGAUGAGGAUGAGGAUGAAGAUGAAGGGGAAACUAAAAAUGAAGGCACUGAGAAAUCAUCCCUAUCAGACAUUCAAAAAAAAGGCGAUGAUGACAGUAACUCAGAAGAAGAGGAGAAAAAAAACAUGUAUCCUGACGAUGAGGAAGAGAGUUCAAAGUCAAAAAAGCAAAGCAGUAAAAAGAAACCCACCCCAAAGAAGGCAGUGAAGAAAGCUGAGGACACUUUUGACCAGUCCCUGUCAGAUGGUGACUCAGAUGAAGACACAAAUUUUAAAAAGACUAAGAAUAAACCAGUUGCCCUGAAGAAAGUGCUGGCAAAGCCUGUUCCUAAAACCAAGAAAGCAGACAGUAGUAGCAACAGAAAAAAAAAUACUGUCCGCAAGAGCCAAGUAAAAAGUGAAAGCUCAGAUGAUGAUGAUGAUGAUGAUGAGCCCCUAAUUAAAAUGAUUAAAAAGCCACCAACAAACGAACAGUUGAAAGGAGCUGUCGGGGACCUCCUGAAAGAUGCAAACUUGGGAGAAGUGACAAUGAAGCAGAUUUGCCAACAAGUUUAUGACCUGUAUCCUGAAUUUGAUCUGACAGACAGAAAAGACUUUAUCAAGCAGACUGUGAAGAGUUUAAUAUCCUAAACUAAAAGGAGGGAGAGACCAGUGUAGAAACGCCGGGGAGUGCAUAAGUGUGUAUAAUUCCCAUUUUUCAGGAAAGCACUGGUCACUGCUUAUAUUAUCUUUAUUUUGAUACAGAAUUCUUGAAUAGCUUUGCAUCCAUUUUUGUAUAGUUUUACAUUUGGAAAUACAUGUAUAGUUUUGUAUAGUACAUGUCAAAUAUAUGUAUGUUUAUACAUGCAUAUAGUUUUACAUGUACUCUCCCAAAGAAAUUAGAUUUUGUCCUAAAUUUUGAUUCAAAAGUAAUUUGUUGUGAUGGCAAAACAUCUGACUUGAUUCACUGUCAUAAGUAACAUAAGUGUCAUUUUACUAUUUGUUAUUUAUUGGUUUGAGGUGUGUGUGUGUGUGUGUGUGUGUGUGUGUGUGUGUGUGUGUGCGCGCGCU